AUGAGCAGUUAUGCAGCCGGACUCGGUAAGCCUGGCUCAGGUAAAAGGAGAAUAAGGGAUCUUUUGAAUCAACCUGAUAACCGAGUCUGCGCUGAUUGUGGCGCUUCUGAUCCUAAAUGGGCAUCAGCAAAUAUCGGAGUAUUCAUUUGCUUAAAAUGUUGCGGUGUGCACAGAAGCCUCGGUACUCAUAUUUCAAAGGUCUUGUCUGUGACACUUGAUGAAUGGUCAGAUGAGGAAGUCGACGGUAUGAUUGAAAUUGGAGGAAAUGUUUCUGCUAAUUCAAUCUACGAAGCUUUUAUACCAGAAGGAUUCUCCAAGCCUGGACCUGAUGUUAGUCAUGACCAGCGUAUGAGAUACAUUAGGUCAAAAUAUGAGCUCCAAGAGUUUCUGAAACCUAGCUUGCGGAUUACAUCCAGAAAGGGCUCAACAAAGAGUUCAGCUUUUCUUACAUCAAGUCUUUCUAGAAAGAUUAUGGAUAGUUUUCGCACAAAUUCAUCAUCGCAAAAGAUAUUUCAGGAAGGAAUGGUAGAGUUUAUUGGAUUGUUGAAGGUGACUAUUAAGAAAGGCACAAACUUAGCAAUCAGAGACAUGAUGUCAAGUGAUCCAUAUGUUGUGUUGAAUCUAGGGAAGCAAAAACAACAAACAACUGUUGUUAAUAGUAACUUGAACCCGGUAUGGAAUCAAGAACUCAUGCUGUCUGUUCCUGAGAGCUAUGGUCCAGUGAAAUUGCAAGUGUAUGAUUAUGAUACAUUCUCUGCUGAUGACAUAAUGGGGGAAGCUGAGAUAGAUAUCCAACCGUUGAUAACAUCUGCAAUGGCUUUUGGGGAUCCUGAAAUGUUUGGGGAUAUGCAGAUUGGGAAAUGGCUAAAAUCGCAUGAUAAUCCGUUAAUAGAUGACAGUAUCAUCAACAUUGUUGAUGGGAAAGUGAAACAAGAGGUUCAACUCAAGCUUCAGAAUGUAGAGUCUGGAGAAUUAGAGCUGGAAAUGGAAUGGCUACCACUUGACCAAUAA